GAGAGAGAGAGAGAUGGGGACUAAGGAAGUGAAGCCCCAGUUGACCAAAGGCUUGUGGAAACCAGAAGAGGACUUGAUUUUGAAGAAGUAUGUGGAGACUCAUGGAGAAGGUAACUGGGCAGCUGUUUCUCACAAGUCAGGUUUGACGAGGGGUGCCAAGAGCUGCAGGCUGAGAUGGAAGAAUUACCUGAGACCAAACAUAAAACGUGGUAGUAUGUCAGAAGACGAAAAGGAUCUUAUCAUCAGAUUGCAUAAGCUUCUGGGCAACCGCUGGUCGCUGAUUGCCGGUCGGCUUCCUGGUCGGACAGACAAUGAAGUGAAGAACUACUGGAAUACCCAUUUGAACAAGAGACGCCCCCGAGGCGAAAAAACUAACAUAGAUCCCAACAACAAAAAGUACAACCCAUUACCAAGUUAUGAGCCUAUUCACAAAGAAAACGAAGAGAACAGUACCAAUGGCAAAGGAGAGGGAUUGACUAAAAAUGAAGAUGGUGGAAGUACUGUUUCAUAUCCUUGGAUAGAAGACAUUAAAAGCUACUUCUGUGACAUAAAAUCUCCUCCGUUGGCUAUCGAUACUUCACCAUUCUUGUUCGAGGAUGAGCUUUUGAUGCCUAUCAUUGACAACAAUGUCUUGUUUGAAGCAUUUGGGAGCAGUGGAGAUCAAAGCUUAGAGGGUAUGAUGCCAUUCCAGCAAUGAUGUGAGGGAGAAAGUUAGUGGGAGGAGCGAAGUUAGGUUCGUUAAUGAACAAUUAUUUGUUAUGUUCGUAUGUUGUGAGAGCAAUAAAGGUACUUGGAGUAGUUAUGGUAUGAGUAAUAGUUGACUAAAUUUGUUGCUCAAAUUCAUUGCUGGAGUUGGAUUACCAAUGGACCGACCCAAUGCUAAUCUAACGACAGCGAAGGAUUUGAUUAGCAAAUUUGGUCUAAGAAACAUUACUCUACAAAUACCAAAUCAGGCCGUGGCAUUUGAAUUACAUUGUUUGUACCAAAUUGUUUACUGAUAAUGCUUAUCAAUUGAAUGUGAU